AUGUCAGCGCCUGGCUGCCGCAGCGUCUCAGCUGCUUUUUGGGAGCAUGUACGGCACCUGGGUCUGCAGAACUUCCCCUGUGGCCUCGGCAGCUGGAACAAGUCCCGCUUUGGUGAACGCACAAGGUCCUCUGGGCAGGAGGAGGCCAUGCCACUGGAUGAGGAGAGCCCUGAGGUGCUGAUGGAGCUGCUGAGAGACCGGCACAGCCCCUGGGCCCCGCUGCCAGACUGCAGCCCCCAGGACCAGCACCUGCGGGAAAUGGCUGUGCUGGACCCCGAGCUCGUCCAUGGCUCCAAUGUCUUCCAGAUAUUCAGGUCCCUGCGGAUCGUUGGCAAGGGAGUGGAGGAGGUUGACGAAGGACUGUUGCAGUUACAGCAGCUGGAGGAGCUCAUCCUCAGUGCCAACCACAUCAGCAGGAUAACCUCGGCCAACCUGCCCCGGACGCUGAAGUUCCUGGAGCUCUGCUGCAACGCUGUGGAUGAUCUGCAGGACCUGUGUGCUGAGCCUCCUCCAGAGCUGCAGCACUUGGGGCUGGGAUACAACAGGCUGUGUGGCCCUUCACCGGAAAAGUACCUGACUGCGGACUUCUGGCCAAACCUUGUCUCCCUUGACCUGAGCUUUAACAACUUCACGGAUCUGCUGGGGCUGGUGUCCCAACUGUCCACUCUGCAGAAGCUCCGCAUCCUGGUGCUCCAAGGGAACCCGCUGGCUCUCAUUCCCACUUACAGAGGCUUCCUCGUGGACAGCCUGCCCAAGCUCUCUGUCCUCGAUGACAUCCCCAUAGGGCCUGACGAGAGGCGCCAGUUCCACGGUUUGGCGAGGCAGACAGAGCUGAUCAGGAGUGAAGCACGAGUGGUUGUGAGCAUCGGGGAAAUCAAAGGAGUGCCCAAUCCCAGCACUUGUCAGCAGCUGGAGGUUGGCUCUGAGGCUCGGGUGAUCACCUACAGCUACUGCGUGACCUACGAGUUUGCAGAGGGAGAGGAGAUCGAGGACGGUAGCAGCACUGAGGUAACAAAAAUCCAUCAGAGUCCAGCGGUGGCCACCCUGGAUGUGGACAGCUCUGCUCCGGACACAGGAGAAACAAAGAGCCAGCAGGAGCCUGAAGCCACGGAGGAGCCCAAGGCCAGCUCUGCAAAGGUGUUUGUCACCCCUGGAAAGCCCUGGGCAGACACCAUUGACUGCAGCUACAGGAAGGAGCACACUGCCAAGGAUUUAGUGCGGCUGAAGUCCUACCUGGAGUCUGGAACGAUCGUCUCAGUUGUGGAGGAGAAGGUGCUGUCAUGGCCUGUUGGUGCUGAUCCAGAAGAAACUGCAGUCACAAAGGGGAAGGCAGGACAGAAGGAUGGUGCCAAGGGUCCUGCACCCAAGGAAAAACAGAAAAAGAAGAAGAAAAAGGAGCAGCCACGUGAAUUCCUCAGCGACCCCCCCAUUCAGAGGACCCUGGGCUCUGGGAGGGUGACCCUGGAGGCCCUGCUGGCCACUGAGGACGUGGUGACAACUGUGUGUGACUUUGGGAUCCUGGUCACUGAGCAACUGCUGCAGCCACUAAGUCUGGAGAAGAAGGACAGGAAAAAAGGCAAAGACAAGAGCAAAAAACCAAAAGCAGAGAAGGAAAGUCAGGCCAGCAGGAAAACCACGGCGUCUGCCAAAGGAAAAAGAAAAAAAAAAGACUCUGCUGAACUGGAGGAGGGUCAAGUGCUCCAGCCGGUGCCGCUGACGGUUCAAUUCCAGCUGCAGCUGCUCCGGUGGCCCCCGGCAGCUGAUACCCAGAGCCAGGAGAGCGUGGCCACGGCGGUGGGGAAGGCUCAGUGA